AUGAAACAAACCGACCCUCAUCCACACGUCUCUCUCCCUCGGGCAGACUCUUUCCCCUCUCCCUUUUACUUUUUCUUCGCUCUCUUUCACUAUCUUCCCUCUCUCUUUCACACUCUAUUUUCAUUUCUUUCACUCCCUCUCUCCCCUCUCUCUUUUACUAUCUCUCUCCUCUCUCUUUCACUCUCUCUUCCCUCCUCUCUUUCACUUUCACUUCUCACUCUUUCAACGUUUCUUCUCCCUCUUUCACUCUCUCUUCACUCUCUUUUUCACUCCCUCUCUUUCAUCACUCUUUCGCUCUCUCUUCCUCCUCCCUUUCACACUAUCUCCUCUCUCCUUUAUUCUUUCUUCUCGCCUUCUUUCACUCUCUCUUCCCUCUCUCUUUCACGCUUUCUUACCUCUCUUUUCUCUUUUUUCACUCCUUCUUUUCCCUCUCUCUUUUACUCUUUCUUCCUCUCUCUCUUUUACUCUCUUCCUCUCUCUCUUUCACCCUCUCUUCCGUCUCUCUUCCCUCUCUCACUCUCUCUUCCCUCGCUCUUUAACACUCUCUUACCCCUCGCUUUUACUCUCACUUCACUCUCUUUUUUCAGCCUUUCUUCUCCUUCUUCCACUAUUUCUUCCCUUUCUCCUUCACUAUAUCUACCCCCUCUCUUUCUCUCUGUCUUUCACUCUCUUCUUCCUCAUUUUUACUCUGUCUUUCACUCUCUUUCUACCUCCUUCACUCUCCCAUUCCUGCCUCUUUCUUUCUCUCUUACCUCUCUCUUUCACUCUCUCUUCCUCCUUUUUCACUCUUUCUCUCUCGCAUCUCUCUUUCACACACACACUCUCUCACCUUCUCUCUCAUUCUCUUGA